UGCUCUUUUUUUUUUGGGUCCGUCUCUUUCUCAUCACACACUUAAAAUGAGCACGGCUCUUCAGUGUCUCCAAGUUGAAAACUUUCACAUUAGAGUUUUAUUCUCAAGCAAAAGGGAAGAAGAAGUGGAAGAAUCUCUCCCUUAACUGAACAGAAUGAAUGCAGUUCACAUUUCUCCAAACCAUUCAAUUUCUCAACCAUGUUACAAACCCAGGCAAUUUUUCAGUUUGGCAAGAGAGAGCAUUUUGAUUGGAAGAAGUCCUGGUAUUCAGAUCAGAGGUCGGAGUGUCGUGAGGGCAUGUCUUAAUGUGGAUGUUGCUGCACCAAACACUGGGAAGGCAAAAUUGGCGAAAAUUAAGGAUGUGAUCGAGAUGGAGGGGAAGCUUUUGGUGGGGACAUAUGCAAGAACAGCAGUGGUGCUUGAGAAGGGAGAAGGUUGCAAAUUGUAUGACGUAGAAGGGAAAGAAUAUUUAGAUUUGAGUGCUGGGAUUGCUGUCAAUGCUUUGGGGCAUGGUGAUGUAGAUUGGUUAAAAGCUGUUGUUGAACAGGCUGCCACCCUUACUCAUACCAGCAAUAUAUUCUACACAAUACCUCAGGUAGAACUUGCAAAGCGUCUUGUGGAUUCCUCUUUUGCUGAUCGUGUGUUCUUUUCAAAUUCUGGAACAGAAUCAAAUGAAGCAGCUAUAAAAUUUGCAAGAAAACAUCAGAGACAAACAACUACUAAUGGGAAGGAGCCAGCAACAGAGUUCAUUGCUUUUAGUAACUGCUUUCAUGGGAGAACCAUGGGUGCUCUUGCUUUGACAAGUAAAGUACAAUAUAGAACUCCUUUUGAACCCAUAAUGCCUGGAGUGACCUUUUUAGAAUAUGGAAAUGCUCAGGCUGCAACAGAAUUAAUUAAGCAGGGCAAGAUUGCUGCAGUUUUUGUGGAACCCAUCCAAGGAGAAGGUGGAAUUUACAGUGCCACAAAAGAAUUUUUACAGUCCUUGCGCAAUGCUUGUGAUGAAUCAGGGACACUUCUUGUUUUUGAUGAGGUUCAAUGUGGUUUAGGUAGAACAGGGUUUUUAUGGGCCCAUGAGGCAUAUGGUAUCUUCCCUGAUAUGAUGACCCUCGCAAAGCCUCUUGCUGGAGGCUUGCCUAUUGGAGUAGUUUUGGUGACAGAGAGAGUUGCUUCUUCUAUAAAUUACGGUGAUCAUGGAAGCACUUUUGCAGGAAACCCUCUUGUUUGCAGUGCUGCUCUUGCUGUUUUUGAUAAAAUAUCAAAACCUGAUUUCCUGUCAUCUGUAUCUAAGAAAGGUAUCUACUUCAAAGAACUACUCAACCAAAAGUUGGGAGGAAACCGACAUGUGAAAGAAAUUCGCGGUGUUGGGCUGAUUAUAGGAAUAGAUUUAGAUGUACCUGCCACGCCCUUUGUUGAUGCUUGUCGAAAUUCUGGUCUGUUAGUGUUAACUGCUGGAAAAGGAAAUGUAGUGAGGAUUGUCCCGCCAUUGAUCAUAACAGAGAAGGAGAUCGAGCAAGCUGUGGACAUUUUGUUCCAAACUUUACAAGUUCUUGAUAAGUAGGAGGGAGGAGAAAGAGGAUUGACAUUGCAAGCAAAAGUUAGCUUAUUUGGUUGGGUAUUGUUGAGUAUUUGAAGUUUCAGAUGCCAACCUUAUUAAUUCUCUUUCAUUGAAGAAGUUUCCAUUGUAAGAAUAUUUCAACAAUGUUAGUAUAUUUCUUAGUAAUGCAUGCCAAAUGAGAUGGUUUACUUUUAUUUGUUGCCUUUUGUUCGUAUGAACUGCAAUAAUGAUUGUAAUAUCCUAAUGUAACUAUAUAUUUCCUUUGGUAGAA